GGGUAUAGGCCAGGAUGGUCUUAUGUGUCAGUCUUAGAAUGGUCUUAUGGUCUUGAAUGGCUUCAGAUGGUCUUGGAUGGCCUGAAAAUAUCUUCCUUUUUGAAGUAUUUCAGAAAUGCCUGAACUGCUUGUGCGACGGAUUGCAUUAGGCAUCAGGUAGAUUAUGUGCCAUCCCAUAUCCCUAAAGCAUGCCAUUUUGUAUUCACAUUUGUAUUGGUCCUUGUAACUUGUUGAAGUGAAGAGGACUGGAGAAAGGUUGCAUGGGCAAUUUAAGCAAUCUUAAUGAGAAGAAGUGGGAAAAGGUGGUUAGCAUAGUCACUCCCCACCAGGCAGAUACUGACCGGCAUUAUUUUUUCUCAUUACCGAUCGAUGUUGCUGCCACAUCUUGCUCAUAACAAGUUAUCUCAUUGAAGUCGGACACAAUGGAGGAGCCAAUGGAAGCUGAGGAAACUCGCCAUAUUCUGGCACAGUUCCGCUCAGAAACAGGGGACAUUGCUGGUGCUCCUUUCAACCUACCAGUCACGAUCACAAAGGAUAAGCUGCAGUUAGUCUGCAAUGCACUUCUUGAAAAGGAAGAGGAGCCGGUGCCAUACGCCUUCUACGUCGGUGACGUCGAGGUCGCCUCCAGCCUGCAACAGACGCUGGAACAGCUGACUGUCGACUCUGAGAAGGUGUUGGACAUCAUCUACCAGCCGCAGGCCGUGUUCCGGGUCCGGGCGGUGACACGGUGCACCAGCUCGAUCCCCGGCCACGCCGAACCGGUCAUCUCGGCCAGCUUUUCGCCCGACGGCCGCUCCCUGGCCAGCGGCUCCGGGGACAAGACGGUCCGGUUCUGGGACGUCAGCACAGAAACGCCCCAGCACACAUGCACCGGUCACCGUCACUGGGUGCUCUGCAUCGCCUGGUCGCCCGACUGCCGCCUGCUCGCUUCCGGCUGCAAGUCGGGCGAGGUCCGCCUCUGGGAACCGGUCUCCGGCAAGCAGGAGGGCAAACCGCUGACCGGACACAAACAGUGGAUCACACACAUCUGCUGGCAGCCCUUGCACAGCUCCGAGUCGGGUCAGUCUCGACUGCUGGCGUCCAGCUCGAAGGACGGUGACGUCCGCGUGUGGGACGCCCAGCUGCAGCGGUGCCUGCGCGUACUGACGGGGCACCGGCAGUCGGUGACGUGCCUGCGCUGGGGCGGCGCCGACCUCCUCUACAGCGGCUCCCAAGACCGCAGUGUACGAGUGUGGGCCGCCACCGACGGAGCAAUGUGCCGGGCACUGCAAGGCCACGGUCACUGGGUCAACACGCUGGCGCUGAGCACAGACUACGUCAUGCGGACGGGAGCGUAUGACCCGGCCAGCGGCGACGUCGGACAUCUAGCGGACAAACGCACAGAUGAUGAGAAGUUGGCAGCCGCCAAGAAGCGGUACGCGACGUUACUGGCAUCUAGCGGUGGCGAGGAGAGACUGGUAUCGGGCAGUGACGACUUCACCAUGUUCCUCUGGAAUCCAGUGAAGGGCACUAAGCCUCUGGCGCGGAUGACCGGCCACCAACAGCUGAUCAACGACGUCCGCUUCUCGCCGGAUGCCCGGCUCAUCGCUUCCGCCUCGUUCGACAAAUCGAUACGCCUCUGGGAGGGCAAGACGGGAAAGUUCGUGGCGGCGCUGCGCGGCCACGUGCAGGCCGUGUACAUGGUGGCCUGGUCGGCCGACUCCCGCCUGCUGGUCAGUGGCAGCGCCGACUCCACGCUCAAAGUGUGGUCGAUGAGGAGCCGCAAGCUGCAGCUGGACCUGCCCGGCCACGCGGACGAGGUGUUCGCCGUCGACUGGUCCCCCGACGGCCAGCGCGUGGUCAGCGGCGGCAAGGACAAGCUGCUGCGGAUAUGGCGGCGAUAGCGGGCCGACGGUGGCGGUGGCG